AUGACAAGAUCUUCUCCAAGUACUUCAUCAUCAGCUACGGCUUUAACAAACCUCGAGAUCAUGGAAAGGCCAGCACCUGAGGUGGUAAUGUACGAUGAGCAUAGGGUUAUUCGGUUUAGUGCCAGAACGGAGAAGCAGUUACGGAUCCUGUUGGAGAAUGAAAUCGAAUGGGGGUUGGAUUAUUUCACGCAUCAUAAGCAGAUUGGAGGAUUUGUCGACGCUCGGAUCUCGCCUGCGAAUUACCAACAGUUGAAAAAAACAGGAGCCCAGUUGGAGUAUGAGGUGUUGAUUGAGAAUGUGCAACAAUUGUUGAGUAGUGGAGACAAGGAUGAGGAUGGGAAUGUGCUUGUGAAUGCAGGAGAAGAUUGGUUUGUCGGGUAUCAUUUGUACAGGGACCAUUUGGAGUGGAUGGAAGCACAGAUCAGGAAUCACAGCACGGUUGCUCGAUCUUUUAGUGCUGGCAAGUCCUUUGAAGGGAGGUACCAGGCCGGAGUCAAGAUCGGAACCGGACCCAACCACGUUGUCCUCCAUGGCCUGCAACAUAGUCGCGAGUGGAUGACGGAAUCGGCGGUAGAACGACAUGUCGUCAACGGACCCAUGCGCGCGUCCAACUACAGUGGCCCCUUUGCGUUCUCGACACCCGAGGCAACCAACAUUGCCCGAUACCUCAAAAGCCUACCCGACGUGGCCACUUAUAUGGACAUUCAUGCAUACGGCCAGUUAAUCUUGACACCUUACGGAUUCACAGGAAAACUUCCCCCAAGCUACGACUCGUAUCUAAAACCUCUCGCUGAUGGAACUGUCAAAGCCCUAGCAGCAGUCCACGGGACACAAUUCAAGGCAGGGGACAUCUAUCAUUCAAUCUAUCCGGCUUCAGGAUCGUCGAUCGAUUAUGCGAUGGAGGAGGUCCGUGUCCCGGUGCCGUUUGGGUUUGAGUUGAGGAAUACCGGGCUGUUUGGGCUCACGUUGCCAGCGGAUCAGAUCUUACCCUCGGGCCAGGAGACUUGGGCGGCCUUUACGUAUAUCUUGGAUAACUUGAAAGACUUGAAGUAA